CUGAACUACAUGUAGUUUUACAAGCUACGCUUGCAAAGUAGCUUCCUCGACACUGAGGAGAGGAGAGGAAGAGCAAGGGAAAAGGAGAGAUCCGGGUGCAGGGGGCCCAUCUAAGAUUAUCUUGACUGUCAGCUGGCCUGGAUAUGAGUGAAGGUGUAUGAAGCUGAUUGUGUCUUUGUCUCUUCCUCCAGGAUGGACCAUGGUGGACCGCAGAGACUGACACCUGGUCUGAGGAAGUAUGCCUGUGAACUGGAACUGGAUCCAAACACAAUGAACAGAAACCUCAAACUGUCUGAUAACAACAGGAAGGGGAUACAUGUGGGGGAGGAUCAGUCAUAUCCUGAUCAUCCAGACAGAUUUGAUCACUGGCCUCAGCUGCUGUGUAGAAAUGUUCUGACUGGUCGCUGUUACUGGGAGGUCGAGUGGAGAGGAAGAGUUGAUAUAUCAGUGAGUUACAGAGGAAUCAAACGGAAAGGAAACAGUGUUGACUGUAUGUUUGGAUAUAAUGAUCAGUCCUGGAGUCUGAGCUGCUCUGAUGGUCGUUACUCUGUCUGGUACAAUAAGACAGGAACACCCAUCUCCUCCUCCUCCUCCUCCUCCUCCUCCUCCUCCUCCUCCUCUGUCUCUAACAGAGUAGCAGUGUAUGUGGACUGUCCUGCUGGCACUCUGUCCUUCUACAGAGUCUCCUCUGACACAGUGAUCCACCUCCACACCUUCAACACCACAUUCACUGAACAUCUGUGUGCUGGGUUUAUGUUCUGGCCUGGUUCCUCAAUUGACUCCACUGGGGCAGCUGUUGUGGGCAGCCUGAGUAGACGGACCGGUCUUCCCUCUGCAGCCGUGACUGAGACAACCAGAGGUGACAACUCAUCCUCCAGAGGGAGGCCAAGGCCCUGCUGGUCGCCACUGCCAGAAGUGAGCACACCUGCCGCACCUCAGCAGCUAGGCCGGGAUUGGCCAAAACACAACCAUCACCUCUGA